UUUAUUGGAUGGUUGGUGGGAUAAAAUCAUUUUAUAAAUUUGUUGCUCCUAUUUGUAAAUUUGAGUCGGCUUUAUCAAGAUCAAUUAUUGUAAUAUUUUCCCUUCAUUUGUCACUUAAACAAGAUAAUCCAUUAAAACAAUAAAACAAUACUACCCAUAUUUUAUCACAAUUGAAGAGGUUUUUCAAACAAUGAUUAUUACAUAUAUUUUUAUUGGAUUAUUUAUUAUAUCCUUUAUUCUAAAUUUAAAUGCCGAACAAGGCAUGCCAGGAUUUCCUGGACUUCCUGGUCAAAAAGGAGAGAAAGGAUCGCCUGGAGAAUCUGGUUUUCCUGGUUUACCUGGCAUGAAAGGAGAAUCUGGUUAUCCUGGUUUACCUGGUAAAGAUGGAACGACUGGACUUCCUGGUAUGAAGGGAGAAAUUGGUAUUCCUGGUGCGCCUGGAUUCCCUGGUAUGAAAGGAGAUUCUGGUUUUCAUGGUUUAGCUGGUACGCCUGGAUUUCCUGGUUUUAAAUAA